CUAUUAUCGCUGCGUUUGCCACCAGUUAUGAGCGAUUUGGGCGAAGACAUACUGUCGGACCUGCAGCCCACGCGCCCUCACCAGCCGUCGGACGACACGUCCUCAGCAGCGCCCGACCCUCAGUCGACCACCGGUUCCGCAGUCGUGGCCACCGAUGGUGUGACUCUCGAGCAGUCGUCCGUCGCUUUCGACAAACACACGGUUCUGGCGGUUCUUCAGUUUCUGCAGCGAAACGAUUUGCAGAAAACGGUGACUCAGUUACGCAAAGAACCCAAACUCGUGAGCCUAUUGUCCGACGAGGAGGUGCGCCAAUUGGAGGCCAACAGCCACGAGAGCGGCGGCGCCUCCAACGGCGCCAAUGAGUCCCAUCUGAACGAUGUGCUCAAGACAUACAAGUCGGACGAGAAUCCGGACAUCUAUGAAGACAACUACAAUACGCUCCGGAAGUUCAUCGAGUCUUCGCUGGACUCGUAUCGACACGAGUUGUUGCGACUCUUGUACCCCGUCUUCGUUCACAUGUAUUUAGAGCUUGUAGUGAACGGACACGAAGAGCGCGCCAAACAACUGAUGGCUAAGUUUGGUCCGCAGCAGGAGUUCUACUACGAGGAAGACGUGAAGAAGUUGUCAGUAGUGACCAAAACGGAGCACUUGUGCGCCAACAACGACAUCAUCGACUCGUUCCGCACUCAACACAAGUUAUACACACUUCGGCUGUCGAGGGAUUCAUACAAUUAUCUCAAGCGCUUCCUGCAGGAGAAGUCGAAACCCAAUACACAGAUCUUCCAGAAUAUCAUUCACGAGUACCUCAUACUCGAUGUCUAUGAGGGCCUCACGAGGACUAAGGGACAGGUGGAGGCCGUGGCGGGCGGUAUGUUAGGAGAAGCCAAACGCGACGCCAAUAAGACGAAAGUGUUUUACGGACUCUUCAAAGAGCCGGAGCUCAAGAUCGACAUAACGGACAUCGAAUUGGAUGAGACGGCGGGCGGUGAGGGCGGCGACGGGACGGCCGCCGAGAAGCCGAAAAAGAAGUCGAAGAAGAAGGACUCGUCGCAGGCGAAGAAGGCGCGCACCGACCCGAACGCCCCGCCAUUCACUCGCAUACCACUGCCGGAGCUGAGGGACGCCGAGCAGAAGGAUAGGGUGCGGGCGCGCAACGACUCGUCCAAAGCGCUGAAGUUGGGGCCGGAAGUGCUGCCGUCCAUCUGCUUCUACACUCUGCUGAACGCCCAGCAGAACCAUGAGAUGGCGGCCCUCUGUGCCGACGUGUCCGAAGACUCCACUCUAUUGGCCGCCGGCUUCUCCGACUCGUUGGUGAGAGUGUGGAGUCUGUCGGCCAAUAGGCUGAAGACUAUGAAACCGGUGUCGGAGUUGGAACUGAUCGACAAAGAAGUGGAUGACGUUCUCUACCGAAUGAUGGACGACAAAAGCACUUUCGACAGCAAGGUAUUGGCCGCCCACUCGGGGCCCGUAUAUGCCGUCAGCUUUAGUCCGUCGCGAGAUCUGCUGCUCUCCUGUUCCGAAGACUCCACGAUCCGUUUGUGGAGUUUGUUGACGUGGACUAACGUUUGCUGCUAUAAAGGCCACUGUUUUCCCGUAUGGGACGUGAAGUUCAGUCCUCACGGCUACUACUUUGCCAGCGCUUCGCACGACAGGACUGCCCGCCUCUGGGCUACCGAUCAGUACAACCCUUUGAGGCUCUUUGCCGGACAUAUAUCUGAUGUCGACUGUGUUCAGUUUCACCCGAACUCCAACUAUAUCGCCACCGGAUCUACAGACCGGUCCGUCCGACUAUGGGAUGUACUAAACGGUCAGUGCGUUCGCUAUAUGACGGGACACAAGGGAACGGUAUUCGCGUUGGCCUUCGAGAACAGCGGCCGGUAUUUAGUGUCCGGCGGCGCCGACAAAAGGAUACUGUUUUGGGACUUAAUGUUCGGCUAUUUAGUGGCCGAACUGUGCGGUCAUUACGACCCGAUCUACUCAUUGAGUUUCAGUCGCGGACUCGAGGGCACAAUGUUGGCGUCGGGAGGCACUGACGACUGCAUUGUCUUAUGGGAUGUGCUGUCGCUGUUGGAGGAGAUCGAGGCCGAGGACGUGUCGGCCAACCAAUCGCCUGCAGUCAAGAAUAAUAGCGAACAGUUUCUGUUGGGCUCCUAUAGGACCAAAUCAACGUACAUAUUGUCCACACAUUUUACUCGUCGUAAUCUACUCCUCGGAAUCGGAAUAUUUCACUAAUUUUCACCACUUUUGGCGUAAUUUUCCGUUUAUUUGUGUGUUUUUCAUAAUCGACAAAAUGUGUUCAAACAGACAAAUAUGAGUGCAAUUUGUGGACAAUUCAUAAGACAUAUUGUGUGACAAACCAUGUGAAGAGCUCUUUUAUAUUGAAACUUUGAAUCGAGUUUUCAAUUAUUAUUUAGUUUUUUAUUGAGAUAUAAAUAAUAAUAAUUAUAAAAAAAGUGUUUUUGUUUUACGCAAACGACUCGCCGGUCAAUGAAUCGAUGGAUACUAAAGCAAUGGGAGAUCCGUUGACACUAAGUAUCGCUUUGUUUUGGUUGAGUUUGGGGUCAGCUGUGGACGCCGUGGCCAUCGAUACGUAUGACUUGAUUUCCCUAUUAUUCUGGACAUCACUCGCGGCUGAAUAGCGGGACGGCGUUGUCGUGAACCACAGGAGUGCUAUCACACAGAAUAUGAGUCCACUGAUGACGAACAGAAUCGUCGAGAAGACUUGAUUCCAGUAUUGGUCUGAAGAUAAUCAC